ACACAAUAAAUUUUCAAUUUAUACGUGCUUUUCUGACAAAAUCGCAACGCCAUAACAGAUAUGAAAUAAUUUUGAUUAUCGUCUAUUAUUUUUCUUUCUGUGAAUUCAUACGAUGCGUUUUGCUUUCUUCGUACUAAUCCUAUUCAACGGUCAGUUUUUGUACGCACACGGUUUCGAAAGCAAUCCUAUUCAGCAACAGCACAGAAAGAUGAAACGUAUGCUGCCGCACAUGUACGUACAAUACGGUGAAGAUUCUAUGCAAAGUGGUGGUGGUCAACAGGAGGGUGGCGGAUCAGGACCUGGAAGUGAGGGCGAGUGCAAACAAAAUUCCUUGAUGUCCGGAAAUGCUAAACAAAAAGCAACGAGCAUAGCACAGAAAGCAGCACAGGAGGCCAAAGCCGCAUCCGAUGCUCAACAAGCAGCCGGCGAGGCUGCUGCCUUGCAAGUGAAGAGUCAAUUGGCGGACAAAGCGAUGCAAGCCGCGAAAGCAGCCGAGGCAGCGCUCGCCGGCAAGCAACAAAUCGUCCAACAGUUGCAGCAGGAAGUACGCGAGGCUGAGGCUGUGGUACAGGAGGAGAGUAGCUCACUGCAAAAUGCCCAACAGAAUGUUAAUGCGGCGGUAAGCUCGGCUCAACAGGCGCAAACGCAACUGAAGACGCUAACGAAGGCUGUGCAAACAGCACAAUCGAAUGUAGGCAAUGCCGAGCAGGCGGCUAGCGGUGCACAGCAAGAAUUGGCCGAGAAAACGCAGCUAGUGGAAGCGGCUAGGUUACGUGUCGAGCAGCUGUUGCGCCAGUUAACCUCUGCACGACAGGAUUUCAAUAAGACUAAGGAAGCGGCUUUGAAGGCAGCCGCAGCUGCACACGACGCUAAGGUGAAUGCAACACCAGGUAGUCGAUGCCGUCGGAUGAUGCGUAUGGUGCGUAAACGCCACGCUGUGGCGCCACAGGACAAGCAGUGAGACGUAUAUUUUGCGUGCUUUUUAAAGGUUUAUUUCUGAUUUUGUUUUGUCAACUGAUAUACGAAUUUUUCCAUAUGUAUGUCUGUGUGUAUAUAUUUUGGUUGCUUCUUCCUGCGAAAUACUAUCUAUUUAA